UUCAUAACUUUAAAGAUUACAAAAAAUCUAUUUACACUCUUUCUCCGUAAUAGAUAAAAUAAAAUAACAAAUGAUAAAACUGAUAUCCGUACUAUAUAAAGAAGUAACAUCUAUACAACAUAAAGCUUUUAGGCGAACAGCAAAAUGUGGGCUUUUUGUUUUAUUUUAUUAACAUCGUAUGCGACACUGUCGGAAUGUAAGGCAGCUGCUGGAAAGAGACAUGACGUAAGACAUUUCCCAGAUGGGUUCCUGUUCGGGACCUCAACUGCCGCUUAUCAAAUCGAAGGAGCUUGGGACGAAGAUGGCAAAUCCGAAAAUAUUUGGGAUCAUUUGACACACGAAGAUCCUUGCGCUACAAAAGACUGCUCAAAUGGAGACAUAGCUGACGAUUCAUAUCAUCAGUACAAAAGAGAUGUAGAGAUGUUAAGGGAGUUGGGACUAGAUUUUUACAGAUUUUCUCUUUCAUGGUCAAGACUUCUGCCUACAAGUUUCCCUGACAAAAUUAAUGAAGCUGGUGUAGCCUAUUACAACAAUCUAAUCAAUGAGAUGCUUAAAUACAAUAUUGAACCAAUGGUGACCUUGUACCACUGGGAUUUACCACAAAAAUUACAAGAUCUUGGCGGAUGGGCUAACCCGAAUAUUGUUGACUGGUUCGGGGACUACGCUCGUAUAGCUUUUGAACUUUUUGGAGACAGAGUCAAAUAUUGGAUUACAAUGAAUGAACCACGCGAAGUCUGCUAUCAAGGAUAUGGUUUUGUUUCUAUGGCACCUAGACUAAACAUUCAAGGUGUUGCUGAAUACAUGUGUGCUAAGAAUUUACUAGUAGCCCACGCUAGAGCGUAUCAUAUCUAUGACGAAGAAUUUAGGGCUUUGUAUGGUGGUACUAUUGGUAUUACUUUGAGUACUUCAUGGUAUGAGCCUGAGUCUGAGAGAGAGGUUGAAGCUGCCGAAGAUACAACCCAGUUUGAGUGGGGUCAGUAUGCUCAUCCGAUAUUUUCAGAAUCUGGUGAUUUCCCACCAGUAAUGAAGGAGAAAAUAGCAGCUAAAAGUACUGCUCAAGGUUUCUAUAGAUCCAGGUUACCUGAAUUUACUCCAGAAGAAAUCGAAUAUGUGAGAGGAAGCUCUGAUUUCUUUGGACUAAAUCAUUACACUUCUUACUUAGUUUAUAGAAAUGAGUCUGUUUAUACUGCCAACGAAAUUCCAUCAUAUUAUGAUGAUAUGGAGUCUAUGGUCUACCAGCCAAAUCAUUGGGAUGGGUCUGCUUCGGAGUGGUUAAAGAAAACCUCUUGGGGAUUUUACAAUUUGCUGAUGAAAAUCAAGAACGAUUACAACAAUCCUAUUAUUUAUAUAACUGAAAAUGGCUUCUCUACGACUAGUGGUUUAGAUGACGAUGAUCGAAUACUUUACUAUAGGGAAUAUCUUGACGCCAUGUUGGAUGCGAUUGAAGGCGGCGCUCACGUAGAAGCAUACACCGCCUGGAGCCUCAUGGACAACUUCGAGUGGUUAGCUGGAUAUACAGCAAGAUUUGGUCUAUAUGAAGUAGACUUCGGAAGUCCAGAGAGAACACGUACACCUCGCAAAUCGGCUUUUGUCUACAAGGAAAUUGUGCGCAGUCGCUCACUGGACUGGCACUACGAAUCCGACUCUACUUCUAUGACAAUUGACGAGGGACAUUAAGAAUAAAUAGUUUUCCAUUG